GCCGCCCCCGCGCGCCCCCCCUCGCGCGCGGCGCUGAGGCGGCGCCGGCCCGGCCCGGGACCCCCGGCCAUGGAGGGCAUGGACGUGGACCUGGACGCUGAGCUCAUGCAGAAGUUCAGCUGCCUCGGCACCACCGACAAGGACGUGCUCAUCGGCGAGUUCCAGCGCCUGCUCGGCUUCCAGCUCAGCCCCGCCGGCUGCGCCUUCUUCCUCGACAUGACCAACUGGAAUCUACAAGCUGCCAUCGGAGCCUACUAUGAUUUCGAGAGUCCAAAUAUCAACGUCCCCUCGAUGUCCUUUGUGGAAGAUGUCACCAUAGGUGAAGGGGAGUCCAUCCCUCCCGAUACCCAGUUUACAAAGACGUGGAGGAUACAGAACACAGGGACAGAGGCGUGGCCCCCAGGGGUUUGCCUGAAGUAUGUUGGGGGCGACCAGUUUGGGCACGUGAACAUGGUGAUGGUGAGGUCCCUGGAGCCGCAGGAGAUGGCCGAUGUCAGCGUGCAGAUGUGCAGCCCCAGCACUGCCGGCAUGUACCAGGGGCAGUGGCGGAUGUGCACUGCCACGGGACUCUACUACGGAGAUGUCAUUUGGGUGAUCCUCAGUGUGGAAGUUGGAGGACUUCUGGGUGUCACACAGCAGCUGUCGUCCUUUGAAACAGAGUUCAACACGCAGCCACAUCGCAAGGUAGAAGGAAACUUUAACCCGUUCGCCUCUCCACAGAAGAACAGGCAACCAGAUGAAAACAACCUAAAAGACCCUGGGGGUUCCGAGCUAGGCACAAUCAGCAAAAACACAUGGGGGCCUGCUCCUGACCAAAUCGAACAAGAUCAGAAUGGACUGUCACAAAACUCUGUAAAUCUCUCCCCCAGCAGUCACUCGAACAACUUGUCGGUAGUGACGUACAGUAAGGGUUUCCACGGUCCUUAUCCCUUCGGACAGUCUUAAAACACAAAAACACAAAACGGGUAUCGACAAGAGGAGAAUUUAAGAAAAAACUGACUUUUGGGGGAAGGGAGGGGGUUCAUGUGGCAGACAGACACAGCGUGGACCCCCCUUCUCUGCCUCCGUGUUCUGGAUAAAGAAGAAAAAAACAAAAACCCAGUAACUUAAGACUAGAUGUUUCCAGAGGAAAAUCCAAAACCUGAGUAUGCAUGUGUGACUGCUGGAUUUCAGAGUGGUGUAAAUGCUAUGAGGAAGAAGAGACACCAACACUAUGGGUUUUUAGAAAUCAUCCUCACGCAUAAUUAGGUAGCUUAAAAAGAAGUUUAAAACUGAAAAUUUAAAAGCCAUCUUUAAAAAAGAAUAUUUUGCCUACAGAGCGGUUGUAGUUUGAGCAAAUGUUUAAUUUCUGUUUGUUUCUUGUUGAUACUUUUUCCCUAAGGGACAGCGUGCAUUUUCCCGGAAUGUCCUGGUUUGCUGGCCCGGCGCCCGCUGGGGUUUGUGCAGGGGCUGCUCCUGUCAGGCCUUUUUAGUGCCAGGUCAGGUCUGCCCCCAGCACUGUGUUUUUAAUGGCAUCUACUGGUUUUAGUUACCGACUUUUUAAUCUUUUAAGUCUUCUUCUCCUUUUGGUUUGGGUGUUGCUGUUAGUUGUCCUGCGUGUCGUUGGGAACCGCGCUGAGGCCAGGUCUUGGUAUCAGAGUUGGAAACGGAGACUCUGGGACUUCUGGGAUGAUGUGGAGGCCUUGUCUCCCUUCCCCUGGUACGUGAGGUACACAAAUACACACCCAUGUUAAUAAGAAUCCAAUUUAUUCAGGUUCCCAAGCUGUCCUGUGUGGUUAGCAGUUUAAAAUCCCUUUUUGUUCACUCUCGAUGUGCAGUAGCUGUGCCCAGAACCACCACGCAAGCGCCGUGUGCCAAGGGGAGUCUCUGUAGCUGUAAUUCACCUGGUGGUAGUUGCAAAGCUUUACAGACGUCCUGUCCUUUCCAUUUGGGGUCUCCUCUCUCUCUUACAGAGCAUAAGUUUGCAUUUGUUUCUCCUGUGCUGAGGUGUGAGCUUACAGGCUGAUCCCAGUGUUCUGGAGCUCAGAGCAGGAGUUGGCACCACCACCUGGGUCCUUCUGUCGCCUCAUCUUCAUCUGCCUUUGUUGACUGGGCUCUCUAGGACUUGUGUUAGGGGAGGGAUCAUAAAAGAUUUGGGUAGCUCUGCUGUUCCUCCAGUGUGUUUUCCUCCAGUUCUGGACUGGGAAGUGUGGUGUGAGGGGAGGGAGCUCGGCCUCAAGCUGUGGAGGGUUUAUUGUGAAGUGCUGUCCCACAGACCCUGCUGAGGACUGUCCUGCCUAAUAAACCAGGCUGGAACAGCCAUCUGCCAAAGAUACAGGAAUAUGCAAAGCUCCCACUACCUUCUUCCAGAUCUUUCCACUGAAAGUUUUUCCCAGUGUUGGAGUUGCAGGUUCAGCUCUGCCCUCACUGCUCUUGGCUGUUUGUGUUUUAGAGUUGGUUUUGAAUGGGGGAAUCCUUCGUUGCAGCUGCCAAGUACUAUUACCUGAAUGCAUAUGGAUGGACCUCGUGGGGACAGUGGGAGUUCCUUGUGUCCAACAGAGGAAGAAUUGAGUGAUGGAUGUUGUUUAUGUUUCACAGGUUCAGUUGUUAAAGAUCACCAUUACCUGAAAUCUCCCUUCUCCCACCUACCAGAAAUCUGUUUGCUGAGAGAAACAAGUGUAGUAUAAAAAAUUACCUGCAUAGAAGUGGCACUUCAGGAUUUGGGCUGGCUGACACUUGCUCUUGCAGUCUGGUGGGCACCUGGCUCUGCCCUGGCAGCCGCUGGAGCUGGGGGAGUGUCGGGGUCCGAGUGAACCCACGGAAGGUGCUGCACUGCUCUGUGUGCUUGGGUUUCGUCCUGUAACAACACUUUGCCUUGGAUUAGUUACCCCCCUGAGCAGUGAUCUGGGGAAUGAUCUGCAGCCUCAUAGUGUGGUGUGGGCAGGUGGAGUCUUUCCUCACUCCCUCCUUUCCUCCCAGAUGCCUCGUGUGAGCCCCUCUGAGGGCAUGAGCAUCCCUGCCCAUCACACCUCCUGCAGCACUGCUGCUCCCCUUCUGAGGGCACUGAACCCCUGAAGGCUGUGGUUGGAUCAAGUGAGGAGGUGAUUCCCUAUCUGUAUUGGCUCCUUGUGUCAGCUGCAUAGUGGAAGGGAGGGGAAACCGAGAUCUGAGUCUGUGAGUUAGAACUGGUGCUGUGACCUUUGCCUGGUGGAGGCACGUGGGAGACCCUCGGAUACCCCGCACUGGCUUUCUGCUCCCAGACACGUGUGCUUCUCUCAUGUCCCAUGGCUGCCACACUCGUGUUCCUGUGCUCCUCCUAAGGCUGAAUUUCCCUUGUCUUGAAAAAACCAAACCUGCAUGCACCCCAUGCGUUCUGCACAGGCUGUUUCUCUGCCUCUUGCGUGUUUGCAGUCCAUGGUGUCCUGGGGACAAGGGUCACACGCUCCAGGGUGUGAGGAAAGGCAGGGCCAGAGCCUGCUUGCUCUGAGAUCUGCAGCUCUUGCUGCUCCCAUCCCACUCUGCCAUUUGCUGAGGGAUCCAUGAAGCACUGGCCUGUUGGGGUCGGGGUUGUGGCCCUGGCUGUGGCAGUGGAAGGAUGUUUCAGUCAGGGGUUGCUCUACCUCUGGGUUUUUCCUAGAGUGAAAGUUGUUUCACUGAGGCCAAAGGUGGUUUUAUCUCCUGGUUCCUUGGAGCUUUGUGGUGCAGCCAGACCUCGGAUUGCUCGUACUUUCAGGUGUCCAGUUUUUAAAUGGGGAUUUAAGAUGAUUUUGGCAAAGCUCUGCCCAGGUGACCUCGGCACACUGAGGUUGUAUAGGUUCCCAUAGGGAAAAGGAUAAUACAGAACAUCUCUGAUGGCCUCUGAGGGGGUCCCUGGGGCAAGUGAGAGCCACUUGAGCCCCUGUCACUGACACAACUCGAGCAGUGGCACCUCUCAGCCUUGGCAAACUGGAGCAGGAUGUCCCUGGGACUGGCCCCGAACUAACUGGCAGUGCCGUGGGAGGGGGUGAGGGAGUGGGAAUCUGCUGCCCACACCUGGGGAGUGUGGGAUUUGGGCCCCACCAGGGUUUGGGAACUGGGCAGAGCCGUGGGUUGGAGCAGUGGGGUGGGUGGGAGGGAAAUGCACGCUGUCCCACGUCUGGGUUCUGUUGUGUUUCAGUUUUUCCGUGUGUGAGUGCGUGGGUGGUUCCCAGCCUGUCUGUGCUCGCCGGGGCAGUGCAUGUGUAGUGCACACGGGAUGGUGUGUUGCCUCUGAGUCUGGGAGAACUCCUAUGAUAGCACAUUGGGGUGAAAAUAAAGGAAGCUUUUUCCUUAAUGUAUAAAUGAAUAUUUGUAUGAUUAAAUUAACACA